UCCUCAUGACCCCGGAAGCACUUCCUUCGAUUUCUCCUUAGUAGCCAUGGCGGCGGCGGCGGCCAGAGUGGUCCUGCUGCCGGCGGCGAGACGGCGCCUGUGCGGUUUGGUGGAAAGGCAACGGGGCCCCGGCGCAUCCGGGCGGGUGAGCUCCCCCCAAGGCCUCUGCGCGCCAUUGUAUUUUGGAGGUAACAGAUUGAGAAGUACCCAGGUAGCUGCACAGGUUGUUCUGAAUGUUCCUGAAACGCAAGUGACAUGUUUGGAAAAUGGACUCAGAGUGGCCUCUGAAGACUCUGGGCUGUCAACGUGCACAGUUGGGCUCUGGAUUGAUGCUGGAAGUCGAUAUGAAAAUGAGAAGAAUAAUGGAUCAGCUCACUUUCUGGAGCAUAUGGCUUUCAAGGGCACCAGAAAGAGGUCCCAGUUAGACCUGGAGCUUGAGAUUGAAAACAUGGGCGCUCAUCUCAAUGCCUACACCUCCAGGGAGCAGACUGUGUAUUAUGCCAAAGCCCUCUCUAAAGACUUGCCAAGAGCUGUAGAAAUUCUUGCUGAUAUAAUACAAAACAGCACAUUGGGAGAAGCAGAGAUUGAACGCGAGCGUGGAGUGAUCCUUAGAGAGAUGCAGGAAGUUGAAACCAAUUUACAGGAAGUUGUUUUUGAUUAUCUUCAUGCCACAGCUUAUCGAAAUACAGCACUCGGAAGGACAAUUUUGGGACCAACUGAAAAUAUUAAGUCUAUAAGUCGUAAGGACUUAGUGGAUUAUAUAACUACACAUUAUAAGGGGCCAAGAAUGGUGCUUGCUGCUGCUGGAGGUGUUUCCCACGAUGAACUGCUUGAGUUAGCGAAGUUUCAUUUUGGUGACUCUCUCUGUGCUCACAAAGGAGAAAUACCAACUCUGCCUCCCUGCCAGUUCACAGGAAGUGAGAUUCGUGUGCGGGAUGACAAGAUGCCCUUGGCACACCUUGCAAUAGCUGUCGAAGCUGUUGGCUGGGUGCAUCCAGAUACAAUUUGCCUCAUGGUUGCAAACACACUGAUUGGCAACUGGGAUCGCUCUUUCGGAGUAGGGAUGAAUUUAUCUAGCAAGCUGGCCCAGCUCACUUGUCAGGGCAGUCUCUGCCACAGCUUCCAGUCUUUCAACACCUCCUACACAGAUACAGGAUUAUGGGGACUCUACAUGGUUUGUGAACCAGCCACAGUUGCAGACAUGAUACAUGCUGUUCAAAAAGAAUGGAUGCGACUCUGUACAAGUGUAACUGAUAGUGAAGUUGCACGAGCCAAAAACCUUCUGAAAACAAACAUGUUGUUACAGCUUGACGGUUCUACACCAAUUUGUGAAGAUAUUGGUAGGCAGAUGUUAUGCUACAAUAGAAGAAUUCCCAUCCCUGAGCUUGAAGCAAGAAUUGAUGCUGUGAAUGCCAAGACACUUCGAGAAGUCUGCACCAAAUACAUCUAUGACAAAAGUCCAGCUCUUGCUGCUGUUGGUCCUGUUAAGCAGCUACCAGAUUUUAACCAGAUUUGCAGUAACAUGUGCUGGCUUCGUGGUUAAAAUGAUUGUAAUCAAAAUAUUUUGAAAGCAUGUUUAUAAAACUGCCUAUUGUAAACUUUCAGUCCCUGAAGAAAAAAGCAAGUGUGAAUGAGUUUGGAAAUCUUUCCGAAUCAAAUGUCAGAGAUUACCACCUUGAUGAUUGUUUUAUGUAACAUCAAUCUUAGUGCUCUGAGAAAUUGUAUUGGAAGCAGCACACGUUCAAAUUAUUACCAUAAAUAUAAUUUUGGAAAUAAAAAA